AUGGCGUCAAGAGCCGAAGAAAUCGCUUCCCUUCUCCAGCGUGAGGGUAGCGGGCUCAGCCCGGACGAGUACGACGAAACGCCAGAGUCUGACGAGAUCAAGAGUCGCCGCGUAAAGGUCCUGUCAGACGUUGUCUCGGAGUGCAGAAAUCUGUGGUCGUCUGGUUCCGAAGACCUAGACGUCGUCGCACAGAAACUGGCCGAUGGUAGCCGCGAUGCUGCGUGGCGUGUUCCAUAUGGCCAGUCCGGUAUGCUGUCGCUGUUCCUGGAGGUCAUCGGCUCGCACUCGCUGCGACCGGCUCUGCAGUUUCACACUCUCCGUCUGAUUGGCAACUCGUGCGCCGACACGGACGAGAACCGUGCUCGGGUCAUCGACGGUGGCCAUCUCAAGGAUAUCAUCCGUCGUUUGCAGGAUGACACGGCGAUUCCCCUGGCUAUCCCCGUUCUCUACAAUGUCCUUGUUGACUACGAAUUGGCACAGAUUCAGGCCUCACAGGCCGGAUUAAGCACAAGCCUCGUGGAGCUGAUUGCUUCACCCAAGAUAACAGACUACGCCCCAUUCGUGUCUUACAUCUGCAAGAUCCUCGGGCUCCUGAUCACACAGGACGGCGAGGCAGAGAGGGCCAGUCCCCUCACCGUCAGGAACCUCCUCAGCCUGUGCCAGCAGCCCGAGUUCCGCGACGAGCCGUCCGACUUCAUCUCGCUCUCGGCCGCCGCAUCGGCGUACCUGGCUAGCGAGCCCUUCCAGAAGCGCAUGGUCGAGGACGCCGGCCAGCUGCUCCUGCUGCUCGACACGGUCCAGCACGCCAACACGGCUUUGGAGGUCGAGGAGCCCGACGAGGCAGAGUCCGUCAAGAGCCUGAGGGGCUCGCUGCACAAGAUCCUGGCCGACGUCACGGGCCUCGAUGAGUUCGGCCGGCACCACCCGCUGGGCACGCCCGUCCCCGAGACGCUCCUCUCGUGGCUCCGGGGGGGCAACACCCCGCUCCGGUCAGCAGCCUGCCUCGCCCUGGGCAACCUCUCCCGGUCCGACGAGACGUCAACGGCCCUGGUGGCCACCUACGAGGCCCACGUUCCACUCAUCGGGCUGCUGUCGGACCCUGCCACCGCUGACGCCCAGUCCCUCCAUGCCGCCAUGUCGUUCCUGAAGAACCUCGGCAUCCCGCCUGCCAACAAGCCCGUGCUCGGCCCCAUCCUCGACAGCCAGCGCAUGCCCCGCGUAUUCACCCUCGACACCAUGCCCCAGGUCCAGUACACGGCUGCGUCGCUCACGCGUCUACUGCUGGUCGACUGCCCCGAUAACGUGAGGCGGGUGUGCCAGCGCCAGCGUCAGCGCCGGACCGACGACGACCAUGACGAGGGCACCGUGGUCGCGUCCCUAUGCUCCCUCCUCAGCCGCACAGACGCGGAGCCUACCAAGAUGGAGGCUGCUCGCGCCGUGGCCACCCUGUGCCGCGUCCUGCACUCCAACCCCGUCCGAGCCAUCCUACCAGACUGGGAUGACCCCGACGGCGACGACGAGGGGGAUGACGACAGCAAACGUCGCGCCCGCUUCUACUCAGCCCACGACCUGGCCACCCCGCUAUCCUUCCUCAUCACCCAGCCAAAGUGGCCGUCCCUCCGCUCGGAGGCAUGGUUCGUCUUGGCACUCAUGUGCCGCUCCAGAGACGGGAGCCACGUCGUCUCAAAGAUCACGGCCGAUGACGAGGUCGCAAACAUGCUUGUCAAGGCCAUCACCGGUCGUCCCGCCUCAGAGGUCACACCCGCUAUCGGCGACGAGGAGAGGGAGAAGAAGGCCAUCGAGCCAGCAGCGGCGGAGGCGUCGGAGGCGGGGGCGGAGACCAUCACUUCCCCCGGUGUGCCUAAGCUCGAGCUGGAACCGCAGCAGAUUGACCCUAGACAAAAGGCCGGGAUGGCCCGCGUGGAUCGCGAGAACGCCAUUGUCAUGUGUCAGGAGAUGCUGCGUCACGGCGCCGACGAGUUGUCUGCUCAGAGGGUGAGUAUGUGGCAGGGCUUGAUCAAGGAGGGGACAGAGGCGAUUGUGACGGAACGAAGUGCCAAGUAG